AUGGCGGCCCAACAAGCAGCUGACAGCAGAGGAAGUAGGGAAGAGAUCGUCAUCAUGGACCUCGAGAGCGAUGAGGCCGCUGUCGACGACGACGUGCCGGCGACCAUGCAGCGGCAGGAUUCCCUGUACAUGGCCGCAACAAGAGCCGCCGGCGCGAACCACCACGGACAGGAUAGCUGGGGGACGACGCUGCGGCUGGCGUUCCAGUGCGUGGGGAUCCUGUACGGCGACAUUGGCACGUCGCCGCUGUUCGUGUACUCGAGCACGUUCCGGGACGGCGUCGGCCACCCGGACGACCUGCUCGGGGCGCUCUCCCUCAUCAUCUACAGCUUCCUCCUCUUCACCGUCAUCAAGUACGUCUACAUCGCCCUACGAGCCAACGACGACGGUGAUGGUGGAACUUUCGCCCUCUACACUCUCAUCUCGCGCCACGCCAAGGUGAGCCUGAUCCCGAACCAGCAGGUUGAAGACGAGCUCGUCUCCAAGUACAACCGCGACAAACCGCCGGCGACGCUCCGGAGAGCUGAGUGGAUGAAGGAGCUGCUCGAGACGAACAAGACUGUAAAGAUUUCCCUCUUCCUCAUCACCAUGCUCGCCACCGCCAUGGUUAUCAGCGACGCUAUUCUGACUCCUGCAAUUUCAGUUCUCUCUGCUGUUGGCGGUCUAAAAGAAAAGGCGUCUUUUCUUACAACAGAUGAGAUAGUCUGGAUCACCGUGGGAAUUUUGGUGGUGCUGUUCGCAAUCCAGAGGUUCGGGACAGACAAAGUCGGUUACUUGUUUGCGCCGAUCAUCCUCCUCUGGCUGCUCCUCAUUGCAGGCGUUGGGUUAUACAACCUGAUAAAGUAUGAUACCGGUGCUCUCAGGGCAUUCAAUAUGAAAUACAUCAUCGACUAUUUUAGAAGGAACAAGAAAAAAGGAUGGGUCUCCCUUGGAGGCAUACUCCUUUGUUUCACAGGCACAGAAGCUCUUUUUGCUGAUCUAGGAUACUUCAGCAUCAAAUCAAUCCAGCUAAGCUUUGGCUUCGGUUUAGUCCCGUCAGUAUUGCUUGCUUACAUUGGGCAAGCAGCAUACUUGAGAGUACACCCGGAGGAUGUGGCUAACACUUUCUACAGAUCAACUCCAAUCUCGUUGUUCUGGCCAACGUUCAUUCUUGCACUAGCUGCAUCGAUCAUUGGAAGCCAAGCCAUGAUCUCCUGCGCCUUCGCAACAAUUUCACAUUCCCAGACACUUGGUUGCUUUCCAAGGGUAAAGAUACUGCACACCUCAAGGCAAUACUCGGGCCAAUUAUAUAUCCCUGAAGUAAACUACUUGCUGUGCUUGGGCGCUUGCCUUGUCACAAUUGGCUUCAGGACAACCGUCAUCAUUGGGGAAGCUCAUGGUAUAUGUGUUGUUCUUGUGAUGAUUGUCACAACCCUAUUGUUGACAAUCGUGAUGCUCCUAGUAUGGAAGAUCAGUAUCUGGUGGAUUGUUGCGUUCUUUGUUGUUUUUAUGUCAUCUGAGUCAAUUUAUCUAUCUGCUAUCCUAUAUCGAUUUGCGCAUGGGGCAUAUGUGCCUGUGGCAAUGUCAGCAUUCCUGAUGGUGGUGAUGAUUGUAUGGCAUUAUGUGCAUGUGAAGAAAUACAACUUUGAGCUCGAGCAUUCUGUGCCCCGUGACAAAGUGAAAGAACUCCUUGAGCGCCGUGACAUACAGAGAGUACCAGGGAUUGGCCUCUUCUAUACUGAGUUGGUUCAAGGCAUACCCCCAGUGUUCCGUCAUCUCAUCGAGAAGAUCCCUUCCAUCCAUUCAGUGCUUAUUUUCGUCUCAAUGAAGCACUUGCCAAUUCCAUCUGUCGACAUGUCAGAACGCUUUCUCUUUAGACAGGUAGACAGAGAAGAUUAUAAGGUAUUCCAAUGUGUGGCACGGUAUGGGUACCGAGACCCCUUUGAGGAGGCCAAGGCCUUUGUUGAUAAACUUGUAGAGCAUCUCCAGUACUACAUCCGGGAUGUCAACCUCUAUGGUGUGGGUUGUGAGCCUAUGAUGAAGCAGUCCUCCAGCUACCGCAGUUCUCACGCUGAGAGCUUUGGUAGCUAUGAAAAACCCAAAGUAAAGGCAGUCUAUGAUGAGGAGAUGCUCACACCAGCAGAGUCGUUCUCAGAGCACACAAGGCAAGCUAGUGGAAAGAGCAAGCAUUUUAUGCAAUUUCAGGGAGACAAAAUGAAUAUAGUAGAGAUGCUGAAGAUUCAACAGGAGCAACAGGCUGUCCUUGAAGAGAUGAGUAAAGGUGUGGUGUACAUAUUUGGAGAGAGUGAGGUGGUGGCAAGACCCCAUUCCUCACUCAUUAAGAAGAUAGCUGUCAACUACCUAUACUCUUUUCUUAGAAAGAACUCGAGAAAUGGUGAGAAGAUGCUGUCAAUACCCCGUCGCCAGAUCCUAAAGGUCGGAAUCUCAUAUGAAAUCUAA